AAAGAAGUCAGUUUGGACCUAGGGAAGUGAGAGGAAGUGGUGGAUUAAAUGUUGUGUGCGGAUUAGGAAGGUCCAGAAAAUUAAUUAUACUUUCUUCUGAGAAGAAAAUAUAUGUAUAUUUUUUAUUAUUAUUUUGUGUUUUUUUUUUUUUUGUCUUUCUACCUCAAAGCUUUUAUCAAGCCUUAUUUUUGCCUUCCAAGAGUUUACAAGUGAGACAAGAUAAAGUAACUGCAGGGCAUUCCGCGACCAGCCAGAACUAUGAAUAACCUUCCAAGUACUUCCCUCAUAUGAACCUUUGAUACUUAUGCACUUUAAUAAUAUAAACAGUUACCUGUCUGAGCAGCUCCCGUUGCGCUCUCUUAAAGCACUCGCUACAAAGCUGCAGCCAAACGUUUCCUUCCUCCUUCGACCAUGUUCCAGAAGUUUACCAGUUGCCUGUUUGGGGAGCCUGCAUAUACUAAUGGUGCAAACACAGAGCCUGACUUGAGUGAAAAGGAAGAGGAGGAUGACUGGAUUCUUGUGGAUUUGGAUGGCCACACUAAAACCUUUACAGAAGAUGCCUGUGAGAAGGACCUUUCUUCCUUUGAGCACGACACCCCUUUGACCAGCUCCUCAUCUUCUCAAGAAGUGCCUGGUGACACCGGUGACCUCGUCUUCCUCCAGCUGGACUGCUGUGCAUUGGAGGAGAGCUGGUUUAUUACGCCUCCUCCAUGCUUUACUGCAGGUGGGCAUGCCCCAGUUCUGGUGGAGAUGAGUCCCAUGGAGAACCUCCUCAUAGAGCACCCCAGCAUGUCUGUCUAUGCAGUGCACAGCCUUCGCAAUGGCCUGAAGGAAGCUACCAGAAGGUCUACUGAAAAAUCAAUACUGAGACUUGGAGGCCUUCCAAGAAUGGGAGAACAUAUUGGCUGCUAUGCAGCUGCGAUUGCGACCCACACAAGUUUGCAAGAAGCCAAGCAUACACGACUCGCUCUUCGUGCCAAGGAGAAUGUGCAGAGGCAGAGAUUAACACGCAGCAGCCUACGUCGCCAGAACCUUGCCAAAGAGUGUCCUUCUCGUGCAAAUAAACAAGGUGGUUUUUUCAUACAGCAACCCUGCCAGAGGCAAUUUAAUUAUUAAUAUGACAGUGUCUGGAAAAUGUGUGCAUAGUGUUUUUUUUAUUUGUUAUUCCUUUGGAUAUAUUCUUGCUUAUGAAAGCUUCCUGUUUUAAAUGUCCUUCCUUAGUUCAAGCAGCUCAAGUCAUUGGGCUAAAAAUGUAAACUAUACACAUAGUGUAUGCGCAUUUUUAUAUACUUUUUGUUUUCAUCCUUCACUUGCUCAAAUACUGACUCCUUGAUGAUUUUAAUUAUUAUAGUGGCUUAUAAUUAAAAGUACCACAUCCACCUUUAUUUUAUAUAUAAGAGGUUUAUUAAGCCAGCUUUGUUUGUAAAAUGUUUAAAAAUAUAAGCCUGUUGUAACACGGUUUAAAAUGAACAGAUGUAUAGCGUAGUGUAAAGUUAAAAACCUUUUUAAACAUUUUAAUGAAGUGUCUCUUUGUGUUCAGCUCGCAUACCAGGGUCGGGACUCUCAUCCCUGGUGCUGAGUUAGUGGUGUCCACUUUGUAUGAAAGUUGGAAAAAAUUCAUACUUAAUACAUUUUGAACUAUCGGAACAGAUGUGUCGUUUGCAUCAUGCGAGCAUUACUGGCACCUUUUGUGUUAUUUAGGUAUGUUAUGUACAAUAUCUUGGGGGGGCGGGGGGGGAUUGGAAUUAUAUCAAAUUUAUAUCAUUAAGAUCUUUAGUAUGUUCACAAGUAUAACAAAAAAAGUGCAUCUAAGAUGUAAUCAUUUCUGAGGGGAAUAAAAAACAAAAAUGACCUGGACUUUAUUAUUGGCACUCUUCACUAAUAUUUUGUUGCAUGAUGCUUGGCAGUGAUGACAGCCUUCUAACAUUUCUUGGAGCCAUCUGCAGGUUUCUAACAUUUGUGCAGGACUCCUCCCCCUAAUGGCAGAGUUCAGGUCUUUCCAAAGUUUCUAAAUUAAAUUGAGAUCAGGACUCAUUGCUGGCCAGUUUAAAACUGUUCAUUUAUGCCUCUUUAAAAGCAUUGUUUUUUGCAUUUGGUUGUAUGCUUUGGGUCACUGUCUUGCUUGAGGAGCCAUGACCUUCAAGACAUACCUAGACUGCUUAUAUUAGGUAGCACAUUUCAUUCUAAAAUCCCUUUGUAAUCCUUGGACUUAGUGAUUCCUUUAAUACGCUCACGGCCUGCGUUUCCUGAAACAGCCCCACGACAUUAUGGAACCUCCACCAUAUUUAACUGUGGAAUGCUGUUCUUCUCCUUGUAAGCUUAAUUUCUUCACUUAUACAGUAAUGGUAUCAGUGGUCUGUAUUGCCAAAGAGCCCAAUUUUGGUUUCAUUUGUCCACAGAACAUUUUCUAAGAAGCUUUAUGGUUUGUCGAGGUGCGUUCAGGCAAAGAUCGGGCAUGCUUUUUUUUUUUUUUUUUUUACGUCGGUCUUUGAGCAGUAGGGUCCUCCUUGGCCUUCCUCCAUCAAGUUCUUCUUUGUGCACAGCAUAUGGUGCAGGUUGUACCCACCAGUCCAGAAUGCUUCAGGCAUGCCUUGAAAUUGCUGGAUGUUGUGGUUUAUUUUUAACAAUUCACACUCCCUUUCCAAGACUUCUUGGAUCAACUGUCCUCCUCCUAUCACGUCCUGGGAGUUUCUUGACAAUUCCAUGAGUAGAAAGCUUCUUAACAUUACAGACUGUAGAUACCGGAAUCCCAAGGUCUUUGGAAAUGGCCUUUAUACUCUUUUUACAAUCUGAUGUUAGGUGAUGUUGGUGCUUUGGGCGGUCUUGAGCACUUCUCUCGUCUUUACCAUUGUGAAAAAGGAACAGGGAGUGAAUGUGGCCUUUUUAAACAAUAAAGCCAUCAUUCAUUGGUUAAUUUGAGUCAUGUGAGCAAUGUCAAUCAAUCAUAGGCAAAACUAGUUUUACUGCAAUGGAAUUCUCUUCUUCAUCUGAGGGUGCAAAUAAUCAUAUUCAAGUCAUAUUUUAGCUUUUUGUUGCCAUCAACUACUCCAUCUAAGUUGGCACAAACAUUUUUCUUCCUUACUUCUGAGACAUACUAUUAAAUAUUAAUAAAGUAGAGUUGGUAAAUCUCCAGUUAUUUCUCAAGGUACUCAUACAUAACACACCUAAAAUGCAGUGGUGCCAAUAAUGUUGUCCACAACUGCAUUCCAGGUCCCGAUUUUUAUUAAUUCUCUGAAUGUUCGUCAUUGAUGUUAAGGCAAGUGUGAACAGUAGUGCAGUUCCAAACUUGACGCAGAGAGACGUUAAUCUAAAAUUUAUACCAAUGAUACUUGGGUAUAUUAAAUUUGUAUUUUUUUUUUCUAUCCAUAACAAAGGCAUCCCAGUGUAUUUUUCAAACAGAGGGAUAUGAUACAAUUACUCAAAUAAAAUAUUUUUACAAUGUGAGUGCAAGUAGGAUACGUGAAGUUCUGGAGGUUUCCCAUUGUGGCAGGUGCAGGGAUUGGACUAGUGACCCAGUAGUUUUUGUCCACUACCUUCACUACAAGCCCAUAAUGUUUAAUAUGUCUACCAUAAAUAAUAGUCCAGUUUUCUCUUAAAUGCAAAAAUAAACCAGUCUGAUGGCAAUUCAGCGCAUGGUGGUAUGGGGAUGUGUAAGCAUCAGUGGGAAAUUUUACAUGAAUGCCUUAACAACUGGUAGCUUCACAAGAGAAUUGGAUUCCCAUGUACACCAACUUGUGAUGGAAUGCUGACCUGUCGUCACUUCCUUAUAUAAAACAGAAAUUAUCAGUGAGCCAGUAAUUGCAUUUUAUGGCCACUUUCUAUUUGUAGCAAUUGCUGUAUCCAUUGAUUUAUUCUCAUUAAAAAAAGAGGCUAAACUUUAUAGUUCAUUUUAUUUUUUUGCAAAUCAAGAUUAAUAUGAACACCAAUGUCACGUUUCUCCUAAAAUUCAGAAACAGAAGGGGAUGAGAAAGUGUGACAUCCAAAAUUACGUUUUCUAACCCACUUAAUCUGUUUCAGGGUGGUUGGAGCCUAUUCCUCUAGCAUCAGACACAAAGCCGACAGAUAGGGCACUGGACGUUACGGAUGUCACAAGUGAUAAUUCUCAAAAUUCCUGAAGGAGGUGAAAUACAACGGAAAUGUGACGAUCAUUUACAACAGUGAUAUCAAACCGGAUGGCUGCUGGCGGGCCACGGUGGCUGUAUUUUAUAUACAGUGCAGCUUUGAACAUUUGGCUAAGUUGUCCAAAUAUCUCCUCCCGAUGCUUUUCGUUUCUGCCACUUUCUCAAUUAUUAACCAAUUACUAAUGCUAAUUAAACAUACUGUGGUGCAUUGAUUUUAAUUGACUUGCAUUUUAAUUGUUUAAUUUCUUCUUUGACCAGCAACCAAGCAAUAAUAAUGAGAUGCAAAGAGAGUCAAGAAAUGACCAGGCUAAGUAAGAUUUCAUUGAAUAACUGAAUUUGACAAAUUUGAGGGGACCAUUCAGUCCAUCAGACUCGUUUUUUUAAACCAUUGGCUAAGUGGUCCAAAUAUCUGCUCCAGAGGCUUUUUAAAUGUUGUAGCUGAAGCAGAAAGCUUGAUGCGUCUCGGUAGUUUGUUCCAGAAUCUCACAACUCUGAGUAGUGAAGUGCUGCAUACCUUCAGUCCUAAAUACACCUCUUCAAUAAAAUAUUUAAAAAAAGAGAAAAGUGAAGGUCUGGGAAAUACCUCAGAAAGAAAACAAAUCUUUUGAAAUGGCUUGGGUGGCAGAAUGUGAACACUUAACAAGCCAUAGAAUUUAAAUAUGGGGUUUCAUUAUCAGCUAAGUAACAAAUUGUUCCACAGUGAUAAUGCUGGCCAUUCCGGACUGUUCCAAGACCCCUCAUUUAGUAGGUCAUCUGCUUGCUUGGUUGCUUGUUUAAGGAGGAAAACAAAAACAAUUAAGUAGGCUAAUUAUAAUUAAGGCAAAAGAUGUCUGUUUAAUUAGCAACAGGAGACCGGGAAAGGGUCUAAAAUGAAAACCUGAGGCCACUGUGUCCCUCCGGGGUCCGAGUUUGAAACACCCCACCCUGAUUUACAAGAACCUUCAGGUUGUUAGAAACUGAAACCGUCCACCACUACAGCACCUCGAGACUGAGACUGCACAGCGCUAGCUGAUGUGACACCCUUACUGAUAUUUCACUAAAUCGGCUAUAUCGUCCAUAAUUGUGAAAUGUGUUUUAAAGCUUCUGUGGCAAGAAAUGAAAAUGUAGCGUUUCUGAUAUUGGAAUGAAAUUUGAUGUGAAGUUCCUUAAAGUGUGUGUUAUUUGUGAUAAGUAGUUGAGUGUCUCUUAUUAAUGGCAAGUCAAAUUUUAAUCCAGGUUAAAAACCUUGUGUGUGUUGUGUUUUUAUUUUUUUUAGCACAUGCAACUUGAAUCAUGUCUGGUGUGCCUGGAAAUUCUGUUACUUUUUGUUUUGUAUACACCACUAAUCUGUGCCACAAAUAGCUUGCAUAUGAAUUCACAAUUGGGUAAUUGGGAGCACAGGAUAAAUUAAAUCACAUAGAACGUAUGAAGAAUUGUCGGGAAAAUGUCUGUCCCUCGAGUGGGUACAGUGAGAGUGUAGGUGUAGUGCUCUUAGGUAGAAGAUACAAUAU